AUCUUUCAGCCUUGGAAGCGGGCGUCACUAACGUCGUGUAACGUUGAGUGAUAUGAACGAAAAUGAACAGUGUAUGUGCAAUGAAGCGAACGUUCAAGACCAAACAUAUCUUGCUAUCGCUGAUGGCUGCCCAGAUUUUGGUCCUUGUAUCCAUCGGCUCAGGAGUACUCCAACUAUUAUUCUCAAUCGUAUCAUAUUGUAAAGAUCACAAGCAGCCUUUGAGAUCAUCUUGGAACACAUCAUCUACCAGCAUGCGUCACGUGACACAGUUUAACAACACACGUCCGCACAUUAUAUUUAUUCUAGCAGACGACCUAGGAUAUCGUGACGUCGGCUACCACGGCUCGAGAAUAAGGACACCAAAUAUUGACAGACUUGCUAUGUCAGGGAUAAGAUUAGAGAAUUAUUACACCCAGGCAGUGUGUUCUCCAACACGUGGACAACUACUCACUGGUAGAUAUCAGAUACAUACAGGGUUCCAGUGGGUGUUGUGGCCUGCCAGUCCAAGGGGUUUGUCAUUAGGGGAGACAACUAUUGCGGAGAAGCUAAGAGAAACCGGAUACGCGACUCAUAUUGUCGGGAAAUGGCACUUGGGUUAUUUCAAAAAUAACUAUUUACCAACGAAAAGGGGUUUCGACAGCUUUUUCGGAUUUUUGGCGGGACAUGGUGACCACUAUACACAUCGAGCGACGUUUAACAAAAUGGAGGGAUACGACUUGAUGGAGAAUGAUAAGCGUGCCGACAUGUCAAAAUAUUACGGAACAUAUUCUACAACACUGUUCACUAAUAAAGUUAAACAAAUCAUUCAGAAACAUAACCCGGAGAAGCCAUUAUUUAUUUACCUACCUUACCAAGCAGUACACGGACCACUUCAGGUACCAGACAAAUACAUAAAAAUGUAUAAAAACCCUUUUGUAAAUGAAACCAGGGAAACUUACGCAGGAAUGGUUACAUGUAUGGAUCAAGGUAUAGGUCAAAUUGUUAUGAGUUUGAAAAAGAAAGGCAUGUGGAACAAUACUCUCCUAAUAUUUUCCUCAGCAUCGGAUCAGAUUCGGAUCAGCUUCGGUUCAGCUUCGGAUUACCUUUUAUCAACUGAGCCAAGGUUCGGUAACAAAUCAGGAUCGGUUCAGCUUCGUAUCACCUUCGGUUCAGGUUGGGAUCAGCUUCGGUUCAGCUUUUAUCGUAUCAGCUCGGGUUCAGUCACAAAUAAGGAUCAGUUCAGCUUCGUAUCACCUUCGGUUCAGCCUCGAAUCAGAUUCGGAUCAGCGCCGGAUCAGAUCCGGUUCAGCUUCUAUCAUUUCAACUCGGGUUCAGUCGCAGAUCAGGAUCGGUUCAGCUUCCUAAAGUCUUUGGUUCAGCAUCGGAUCAGCUUUGGAUUAGUUUCGGUUCAGCUUCAUUUCAUCUUGAUUCAUGUAACUUCGGGCUCAGUAACAAAUCAGGAUAGAUGCAGCCGUGAAAAGAGGGAAAGAGGAAGCUGA